GUGUGUGUGUGUGUGUGUGUGUGUGUGUGUGUGUGUGUGUGUGUCUGUCUGUCUGUCUGUCUGUGUGUCUGUCUGUCUGUCUGCCUGUGUGUCCAUCUGUCUGUCUGUCUGUCUGUCUGUGUGUGUGUGUGUGUGUGUGUGUGUGUGUGUUGUGGUUGAUAUUUACUACAACUGCAGUGCAUCGAGGUCUGCUGUAGUACGACGUUAGCAAGUUGUAUAGCAACUUGUCAAUACAGACGUACACGUGCUACACUGGAGGAUAGGAUGCAUUUAGUAUAGAUGUGCUGUUCAAGCAUCUAACUCAUGUAAAGAAAAAAUCUAAAAUCAAUAAUAAUUAUUUAAUAGGUCCCGGAUGUUAUCUUUUACCGUGUUUAAUUAAUAUUAAAUGUUUUCUUAAACUAUUGUAUACAAUAGCGAAAUAGUAAAUUUGACUAUUCGCGGUGAGAUGACUCGAUUAGCGCACUGCGUUUUAAUUAACACGCAGACACGUGAUCUAGUUGUUUUAUCCGGGUUAUUGUCUUGCACGAGUCCCGGAUUUUCAAUGGCGUACAACUACGGAUACGGUGUGUCACAGUCCGGCGUUUCUCAGUCAUACCAAGCAGGCUACACGCAAUUUUCCCAACCAACAGGCGCUGGGACUCGAGUGGGCGCAUCUGCAAGUCAAUAUCCACAACAGCAGCCAGCGCAACAGAGUUACUCAUCUGUAGCGCCUCCGCCUCCACUACCGCCCGCUAAGCCACCAGAAGUCUACAGCCAGAGACAACCGCAGUAUUCCGCGCCAACCAGUCAGUUGUACUCGUCGACCAAUCAGACGGCAGCGCAAUACCCAGGCGCAUUGCCGCCCUCUCAGCAGUUUUCAACCAAUCAGCUGAGUCAAUCGUAUUCAUCACCCAGUCAACCGUCGCGCCUGUCGUCACAAUACCCAACGACCAAUCAGACGUCCGUGCAGCCAAGACUCAGAGACUCUCCUCCUCCGCCGCCGCCGCCUCCUCAUCCACCACCCGGUACACACACACAAGCGCCACAGAGCUUCCUCCCUCACGUUUCCAAACCCAGUACUAGUUAUGUGACGUCAUCAUCCGGGACACCAACGGCAGCAACAACCGCAGCCUCGUAUCAGUAUCCGUACAGCUACAUGUACAGCAUGUAUCCAUCGAUGACACAAUAUCAAGACACGACCGCGUAUCCCGGGAUGUACUCGGGAUUCGUUUCUGGAGGAAUUCAAGGCAGCAAUCAAACGACAUCAGCCAUUGCUAUGACGACCAAACCAACCGGAAGCCAAGCGAUCUCCUCAUUCAACGCAUCGGCUUACAUGACAGCAGCUGCUUACGUAGCACAGCAAAAGCAGAAGACACAGAGUGGGCAGAAAAGCUCGUCGUUUUCAUCAACAUCGAGUUCGAAACCUUGGUGGUGGAACAACCGAGCUAAGAAGAGCAACGAACAGAAGGAUAACAUUCAAUAUUAUUGUGAGACGUGUAAGAUUAGUUGUGGCGGCACUUCUGCGUGGAAAAUGCAUCUCGAUGGGCAGAAACAUAAGAAACGUUUGUCGCAGAAAAGUGCUGCGAGUGGAAGUGGAAGUGGAAGUGGAACAACGACGGGUGUGAACGUGAGGGGAACGUUGAAGUGUGAUUUGUGUGAUAUUACGGUGGUGGGCGUUCAUGCGUUCAAUGCGCACAUCAAGGGAGCGAAACAUAAUAAGGCUCUUAAACUUCAUCAACGACUUGGUAAACCAAUUCCAGAAGUAAAGGUUCCAGCCCAAGUGGCAAGCAAGACUGUUCCUUUGGUUUCCUCUAAACUCCCUCAAGCGAAGACACUCUUCGAAGGCGGCACCUCCCUCCACACAACAACCAGCACUAACACUCAGGCAGAUGCCGAGGAGAGACUCGAGAAUGUUUUGUCAAAUAUUGAGGUUCAACAGGGAAACGAACCGAGUCAGGACCCUAUAGGAGAGGAAUACGUAAAACCGGUGCCAAAGUCCGAGAAAAUGCCUCACGGAGGGUACGAGUGUUCACUGUGUGAGUGCAUGUUCAAUGAUGAAAUGGCAAGGAAGUUGCACGUGAGAGGAAGAAGGCACAAGUUAGCGUACAAGCAAAAGGUCAAUCCUGAUUUGAUGGUCGACGUGCAGCCGAGUAAGGCAAGACAAAAGGCACAGCAACAACGGAGAAACGCCGAGAAGAAUCAGAAGAGACAAGAAAGAUGGCAGCGUAUGCAGGAAGCGAGGAAAGCGGCUCAAAUGGCAAGACAGAGACCAUCUGGACCACCACCUCGGGUUGCUUCUCGUAUGCCACCUCGUAUGCACAUGCAGCAUCCUUUGUAUCGUCGGUAUUCGGCGCUGCCUCCUGCUCCAAUCCGUUACGGACCACCUCAACCGUACUAUCCGGACGCGGACAGCUAUGGACCACCGGGUGAGUACAUGGGACAGUAUGACGAUCCGUACUACAGAGAAGGAUGGGGAGAAGAGGAAUGGCAACAAGGAGAGUGGAGUAUGAACGAGAGUGGUUACGGUGUCGAGGGCAUGCCGCCUGAUAAAGACCAAAUUCUUGUUGUGGAUCCUACUGACGAGCUUGUGGAGAUGAAACAUAAUGAGAUAUAUCCUACUGAUGAUGAGAUAUUUACUAUUCAAGCUGUCGUGAGUGACGUGGAAGCGGCAAUGAUGAGAGUGUCUGAUAAACUGACUCCAUAUGUGGGAGACCCUGAUAUUGACUUGGAUGUCGUUCUCACUGAUCCUUCAAAAGACCCUCGAACCAUCCACAAACCAACAGCAGAAGACAAGGCCAAACCAGAGAAACCACCUCCACUAAUGGGUCCCAACAAAGUCGAUGAAGAACGAAGGCAUGUGAAAGGCAUUGUGAGAGUGGGUAUCAUUGCUAAGUGUUUGAUGAUCACUGGAGAUGAAGAUGUUGACCUUGUGACUCUCUGCAGAGACAAACCGACUGAGAAGUUACUUGAAGCAUCUGGUGCUUUGUUGCUUUAUGAAUUGGGUGUUGAAGCCAAGAACAAGUAUGAUAUUUCGGUGGUUUUCAAUGAGGCAGCUCUGCACAUCAAAUGCAAGGGAGAGUUUGAAAUCACAAUACGUGUGACGUUCACGUCGACAGAAAUGAGGAUGGAACCGUCGGAUGAAGAUGCAGCAGCCAACGCUGAGAGAGGAGUCGUGCCCAGGCAGCCAUGCCUUGAGGCGUUAGCUCAUCUUCGUCAUUCAAAAUGGUUUCAGAAACAGGCUCAUAAUCUGCCCGGGUGUUCAAUGUUGUUGCGAGUGAUGAGGGAGUUGUGUAGGAGAGUGCCGGCGUGGGCGGCAUUGAAAGAAUGGCCCUUAGAAUUGCUAGUUCAAAAGGCUGUCUUGUCUUGUGACCCAACUGAUCCAUGUCCUGGUUGGGGUCUUCGUCGUCUCAUGGAAAUCGUCUCAUCCGGCCUUCUUCUACCAGGAGGUCUUGGUAUCUGCGAUCCAUGCGAACGCGACUCUGUAAAUGCUGUUAGUCAUCUGACGUUACAAGAGAUAGAAGACAUCACGGCUAGUGCACAGCAUGCAUUAAGACUCAUCUGUUUGGAUCAAAUUCAUUGUGUUCUCGGUAUCAAUCCUCCCAAUGGUGUUAACAUUUCUGCAUCAUUGCCUGUUGACGACAACGUCCCAUUAAUGUCUACCGACUCAAACAUUGUGGAUGAACCAGCAGCCAAACGAGCAAAGACAGACGAAUGAUGAUGGUGGUGAACUAGAACUAGUUGAUUUCAAUUUUGUUAGUUGAGUAUUGUCAUGACAACAAACGUACUCCAGGCAAUGUGUAAAACAAGAGUGUUGUUGGUAAAGGCCAACGUGACUUCA